CACCAGCUCAGGAUGGCAAGCCGCGUCAACAGCGCCCUCUGCGCCAAGGCCGAUGCGAUUCUAAAGUUCUGGUUUGGGGCGACGUACCCAACCACAUUGGAGAUCCGAAGCGCAGUCUGGUUUGCCAGAAACGCCGAGUUUGACGCGUCGGUCGCUGCGUCGUUCGGCGACCUCGUCCACGACCUUGGCACGACGAGCGCGUCGGCGCUGCUGCCGCUGCUGCACGCCAACCCGUUCUCUGUCAAGGUCGCCACCGUGCUCUGCCUCGACCAGUUCACGCGCAACCUCUACCGCGACGACAAGCGCGCGUUCGCCUCCGACGCGCUCGCGUCGACCUUUGUGCUCGAGACGCUCGCGCAUAGCGAACCCGACUUUCUGUCGCGCCACGUCUUGGAGCAAGCGUUCUUCCUCAUGCCGCUCAUGCACAGCGAGGAGACGGCGGUCCAUGCGCGCGCCGCCGAGCUCUUCCCGCCCCUCGCCACGCGCACCGACGACCCGCAGCUCAAGGGCAUGCUCACGCAGUUUGCCAAGUACGAGGUCGACCACAAAAAGAUCAUUGACGCCUACGGCCGGUACCCGCACCGCAACAAGGUGCUUGGCCGCGAGAGCACGCCCGCCGAGAUCGAGUACCUCGCCGACCCGAACGCAGGCUUUUAGCGUAGCGUCCUUACUGCUUCAUGCGCUCCUACCGCUGAGCCCAUGCUGCUGCAACACGAAACAUCAUGUCAUACAAGUGCACGGGAAGAUGUAUGUAUAUGGAGAGCAGGAUAGGCAGGCGACGGCCGUGUAUCUACAAGGACGAGUUGCCGCGCGCCUUGUUGCG